AUAAAUCCCCGUAGAAAAAUAAAUUAUUAGUUUCAGUGGAAAAUGGCUUUUAAAACAGUAUUAUUCAUCUUUUCUCUAACACUCUUAGCUGCAAAUGCUGAAAGUUCUUCGAUAGGAUCCCUAUUCAGAGCUAGCCAAUGGGCAACACAAAGAGCCGCUGGAUCUGAGAACGGUACCAUACUAUCAUCAAUAUGGGAGAGUUUAUCCAGUGUUGAGUGGGAUAACGCAGAUGAAGUGAAAAGUGUUCUACUUAAUCUUCUAAGUUCGUUAAAAUCAGCGAGUUCAACCGAAGAAGAUACCACCACGCGUACUAGAAGAUCGAUUGCAAUUGACAAUAAGAUUGUUGAUGUUGUGGACCCUCUUACCGAGCUAAUAACUUUUGAUAUCAGUCAAUUCAAACACAGAGCAACCAGAGACGUAGCCGUGCGUAAAGUUAGAGACUUGUCUUUUAGUAUUACGUCAAAUUUGAAUCAAUUGAUCAAAUUUAUACUCUCUUAUUAUCUUGAUAAGUUAGAGUUGUACAUAGGAGAUCUAAUAGUAUUGCCUGCUCGAGAGGUCUUGGAUUGGUUAUUGGAUUGGUUGCUACCUUGUGGAGUUACUUGUACUGUAUUAGCUUGAACAAUGUAAAUCAUAAAAAUUUUUAAUUGGAAUACGAUGAUAUUAUUUAGGUGUUGAUUAUUACAUUUUAAUUUAUUCUGCAUUUAGUUCAUUUCCUAAUGUAUCGAAAGCAUUUGAAAUAAUUUUUACCUAAAAUCAAAUGUAAUAAUAAAGGAGGUAUCUCCAAAUUAACUAGUACGAGAGCGAAUCGAUAGGUUACAGUUUUUUAAAUAAAAUGUUAUUUUAUCCUUUCCAAAACAAAAAUAUUGUGGGGUUAUCAAAAUAGAUAUUUUUUUGUGAGAUGGUUUCCUCGUUGGAGUUUAAUCUCUUCCCCUAAGGUAAUUCCUCAGCUUUGUAAACAAGAAAUAGUUACCCGAUGCUAAAUACGGAGAAUAGGACGGAUGAUGGAGCAACUCCUAGCUUAAUUCAUGCAUGUUGUCUGUGUAAACUUGAAAUGUGUCCAUCCUUUGGUACAUCUGGUGAAAAGAAAUUUUUUCAUAGUCAAAUGCAGAUUUUUUUCACCUAUUCAUUAAAUUGAAUAAAAUUCGCGAUUGAUGGUAGUCGAUGUAAAUUAUACCGUGUGUCAUCGCCGAUUUGGAUCCCCAUUCCUUUGAUUUCUUUUUUUCAAGUUGUUAGAUCUUUUGAAACAUAUAUUUUGAAAAGUGUUGGAGAGGUGCAGCACCCUUGUCUCAGGCUUUUGAUGAUUAAUGUUGGUAUUCUCGAAACUCCUAUGUAAUCAGAUGUAAAUCCUUAAGAUUUUUUCCUGGGCAAUUUGAGAAAAAUGUGCACUUGGUACUUGGUGAGAUAGUUCAAGAUAUAGUAGUUCAUAUUUACUAUAUAAAUUGUGCAAAUAUUGACAUCACUGUAGGAGGCAAUUUGUUUUGGAAUUAACUUUUUGACCAUCAAAAUUAUUUUGGUCUCUAUUUAUUUGAAAAAAAAAAUCAUUUAAAGAGGUUGCCAAAGAACUAUUUUUACUCCUCACAAAAAAUUAUCUCUCAUUUAAUUCAUUUACAGUGCUCCAAUUUAGGACAGAUUCAAAUAUUUAUUAUGAUUAAUAAAAACAUGGUAAAUUGAAUUACCCUUAACUAGAGAACUGAAGAUAAAAUUUCGUGUACAGGGGAGAAAAUACUCCAAUUUGAAAAUAUAACAAAUAUAUGCCAUUCGUUUCACUCUACAAA